AUGUCAGAUUCUCUGCGUUUCCGAUUGCACUGGAACAGGUUACCUGCUGUCAGAACAAUUCGAACUCGUUUAACUUUUGCAAGCACCUCCACCAAACUGGCAGGCACAACGAACUCCAUGGAACAUGGUCCGAAAUCAUCCAAGUGGGAAGUUGAGAACGGCCAGUAUACGAGGCCUUUUGAUCCAUUCGAAGAAACAUUUUCAUCCCUUUGUCAUGACCGAGCAAGACCAGAGUUCCGGAGCCUUGACGCCGUGGCAAGUAUUGGCAUAGAAACCUUGCCUAACGAUGCCAAUGCCUUUUUGGAAACGCUUAAAAAAGCCUGGGCCAGAAUCCGUUAUCUCCAUCCUUUUCUUGCCUCUGAAGUCGGCCCCAAAGCUUUCCGGUACACGCCUCUGCAAGGUCAAUCGGACAUUGAUGAGUGGCUUCAGAAGACUCUCAUCAUUAAAGAUUGGGAUUCCGAGAGUGAAGUACAGGGAUGUCAAGACCUUGCCGUUGCACCUGCUACCCAGGCACCCAGGUUAUACUACUUCCCUGGGAAAAGAAGAUUAAUCAUCCGCAUGAACCACAUGCAUAUAGACGGACAUGGGCUUGUAAGCAUGCUUCAAGAUCUCUUUGCAGAGAUGCACCGGUUGCAUUACGAUGGUGAAACUGUGAAUGAGCCUUGGGGUGAGGAAGUACAGAAUCUUGCUUCUAGCGCAUUCGAUGCUGCGGGAAUAGCGGCCUUGAAAGAUCCAUGUUCCUUAAAAUUGCCCCAGCCAAGAGCAGAUGGAGAGGCUUUCGAAUUUCCUUCCAUAAACACUACAUUUCCACCAGCUUCGGGCAAGACACAAUCUCUCGACUUCACCGAAAGUCAGACAUCGGAGUUUCUAUGUCACGCCAAAGGGUCAGGUUUAGGGAUUACUGCUUUUGUGCACGCAGCACUUAUCCAUGCUGGGAAAGCUGUCUGCCCCAGUUCUCGCAGUACGGUUCAUUCAAAUUUCAUUAUCUUCAAUUUUCGAGAAAAAUGCACGGCCUCACCUGUCAAUGCCCAUCUAAAAGCAACUGCUCUGCGAAUUGGCUUUUGGCCUAUACAGGUGCAUAUAGACGACGAGUUUCGGCGUACAGCAUUUCGCGUUAAACACGAGUACGAGAGCCUUGCCAGUCGAUUCUCCGAGGCUGGUAGUGAGGCCUUGUUUACGGUCGGUCUGACAAAAGAUCCGACUAAAGUGGUGCCAUUCUCGUCAUAA